AUGUGUAUAAAUUUUCUGAGCAUAUUUUUAUUAAUAUAUUUAUAUAUUUAUUUGUUUUUUGACCAGGAGAUCUGUUUUUUCAUUGAGCUUAGCUUGAUAAAAAAUAGUAAUGAAAAAAGCUCACUGUUUUCAACUGAAGAUAGUGAAUAUGACGAAAUUUCAAAUGUAUAUGAUACUAAAAUUUCAGAAAUAAACAGACCAGACCCUCAAAUAGAGAAUAAAUAUAAUCCUAACUUAAUAUCUAUCACAGAGAACCAUCAAAAUCAAACAAAUGAUAAAGAAAAGGGUAGUCCCAGCCCGGGGAAAUCAUAUUAUAAAUCUCCACAAAAGGUAGAAUUAUCUACAAUUAAACCAUUUAAAUUAAUCAAAAAACCAAAAAUAGAAAAUCUACAAAUUGAUGAAUUUGCAUUCAUGGUAAGGCCCAAUGAAAGAAUGAUUGGAAUUGAAAAUUUUGUUAUUAAUGAAAUUGAAAGACUAAAUGUAAAAUAUUACAAUAUCAGUGCAGGAAGUGAAAUCACAGAAGGCGAAAGUUCGAUUCAAAAUUAUAAAUAUAAUAACUUUGGAUAUUUUUCAUUUCCAGGAUAUAUAAAGGAUGAAAUUUUUUCAAAAGAAAUAUAUUUACGUACUGUUCCUUACGGUAGAUAUACACCACUCUUUGUUGAAGUCAGAAGUUCAUCAUACAAUGCUGCAUUACACGGAAUAUAUAAGAGAGAAGAUUCAAUGCAGCUAUCACAAAAUGACCAAAAAUAUCCUUGGUAUGUUGAGCCAAUCGUUAGGCCUGUUUAUAGAAGAAUUUAUCCUGAGCCAACUCUUUACAUAUUUUUUCUAAAUUUUCCUAUAGAAAGGUGGUGUAUUGGAGAUACCUGGCCAAUUAACAACCCAAAAAUAUCAGUUGGACAAAUAUAUGCAGAGAUUAUUGGAAGACCGUAUUCUCCUGCAUACACUAGGGGUUGGUAUGUUCAACCAAGAAAGUUUAGUGCUCAUGAUAUAAUUCCGUACGUUGAACUAGAUCCUAGUACUCCUUUAAGAAAUCCAUUACCUGUUAAAAUACCUAAAGAAAUGGAAUCUAAGCGUGUAUUGGUUUUUGAUAAAGAUAUUAUUGUUGAGGAAGCAAGACCAUUUACUUUUAUUCCUAAGGAAUCGAUUAUACUUGAACACAUUCCUUUAGUUGAAUCCCCUGAUGAUUUAAAAGUAUUCCCUGGAUGUCCUAAUCCUCAUAUAAGUAAAUUUAGUGGAUUAACAAAAUACAAAACGCCCUCGUGUAUACCACCUUCACGCGGAACUUUAGAUAUAUCAAUUAAUGGUGCAAACGGAUACUUUUCUAAUGCUUUAUAUAGUUGGGAAGGAUUCUUUAAAAGUAGGCCAUACUUUGUGCAAAGAGGUCCUCUUAGGAGUGAGGAAGUUAGCUUACAAAGUUCAAUAGUAGAAUACCCCGGGAAUAGUUUGUAUCUUUGGUCAUAUCUCAAUGAAUCAAACAAUAUAUCGUGGAUUAUUUCAAGGCAAUUGGGAAAUACUAACCCCAGCCAAAUUUUGGCUAUUUGGAGACGACCGAACACUUCACGUGUUAAAUCUGAUGUUGAUUGGCCUGCUGAAAGAGGAAUCGAAUUAGAACCCGAUGGCUGGUCGUUCUUGAAACCUCCAUUCAAAAAGAAGUAUGUACAUAAUAUUCCGAAUAGUGAUUUUGUUGAAGAAAAAGUUUUUGUCAGGAUUAGAGGUAUAAAACCAAAACAUGUCAAAAUGGUUGUAAACGGAGGUACUGAUGACAUUAAUGGGGAUUAUUUUCAUUUGGGAGAGUAUAUGGGAUUUCCUUUUUUUAGACAAAAAAGGAAUAAAAAGAAGAACCACCCUGGAUAUGUAUUGUACCGAGGGAUUGUAAUAAAUAAUUCCAAAGAUACUUGGGUAAUUGGAACAACAUUAGGUAGUAUUCAUGGAAUAAAGGCAUAUGCAGUUGAUUAUAUUUAUAAUAGUCACUCUAAUAGGUUCGAAUCAAGAUCAGGAUUUCGAUACUUUGGAGGAACAAGAUGGCCUCAUCAAUUACCUAUUAGGUCAUGGAGAAUUUGGGUUCCAUUAGAUGAAAACAUAAAGAUAAACAUUUACAGCAGUGAACUUAGGGGGAUAAAUUCGGAAGAAGUUGCCAAGUCUAUUGAAUUUGUAUGGAAAAGUUUUGAAUCAUUAUAUAUUACGAUGGAAUAUUUAAAUCCAAUUUUAUUAUUUAAACAGCAUCUAUCCCCUGUUAUUGGUAGUACUCGCUCAGAUUUAAAACAAGAAAUAAUUAACACAAAUACUGACCCAAAAUCAUUGGAUUUAAGUCUUAUAAGUACAAAUUCUCCUGAUGAUGGACUAAAUCAAGUUAAUGAUAACAAAUACCAGGGAUCUGAUCAUUUUAAUUCAAGUAGUCUGAAUUAUAAUGUUAUUAAUUCUAACACCGAAGAGGACAAGAUCAUUUUUAAUAAAAAGGAAAAAAAAGAAAAAAAACAUAUUUCCUGGAAAAUAAUGGGGAUUUUGAGCAUUCUUGGGUCUAUAUUUAUGGGUAUAUUUAUUUGGUUACUUAUUAAAGGAAAAAUUUAUCGAAAUAAAUUAGAUAUUAGUCAAGAAAAAAUAUUGGGCAAUCCAAAGUGCAUUGCACAUCCUAGUACUAAUUUUCGAUGA